UAACAUUUCAUCACCAUGCUGCGCAAGGUGAUCGUCGACCGCGGGAUUUGCGAGCUUACGUUGGCUCAUGCCAAGUCCAGGAAUGCGCUCAGCCUAGAGUUGAUACGAGAACUCAAGACAUCGCUUCACGACAUCCACAACGAUGACUCUAUUCGGGUGGUGGUGCUCAGCGCCGAAGGUCCAGCGUUUAGCUCUGGACACAACCUCAAGGACAUAUUGGCAGCCCGUGAUGACGGAGACGAAGACAAAUGCGGCAUUCUCAGUGCAUCAUCGCAAGGCGCGAGCGUGAUCGACGCUACCUUUCUCGAAUGCACCGAUCUCAUGCAGUUCAUGUUGCACAUGCAGCAGCCCGUGAUCGCAAAGGUGAACGGCGUGGCCACUGCCGCCGGAUGUCAGCUCGUGGCCACUUGCGACCUCGCGUAUGCUUCCAAGUCAUCUCGAUUUUGCACGCCAGGCGUGAACAUUGGACUCUUUUGCAGCACGCCAGGAGUCGCCUUGGCUCGAGCUGUGGGCCGCAAAGAUGCCAUGCGAAUGCUGUUGACAGGCGACAUGAUCCCUGCUGAGGAAGCCGCGCGAAUGGGGCUCAUCAAUGCCGCCGUGCCCGACGCGGAAUUGGAGACAACGGUAUAUGAUGUUGCCUCGACGAUCGCUGCGAAGAGUCAACUGGCCACUCGGGUGGGCAAAUCGGCGUUUUAUAAGCAAGUGGACAUGGCCGUACCAGAUGCAUACGCGUUUGCCUCCGCCGUGAUGAUGGAUAACAUGCGAUCGCAUGACGCCAAGGCUGGCAUUGCAGCCUUCCUCGGGAAGACCACCCCGGCCUGGACAAACAAGUAAUGUUGUAUCGAUGGAGUUGAUUGAGACUGUUGUGUAACCACAUGGACCCAAUAGUAUUCAUUUCAUUCA